CUUUUGUUUGGUUAAGUUUCUAUUGUUGGCGGGUUAUGUCUGUAUGAUUGUAUUGUAAAGGUCUUCCGUUUAAGGAGUAAUUUCAAAGUGAUAAUCGAUUGAUGAACGCAAUGGUGUAAUAUAAUCCAGUAAUGGAUACUUACAAGACCGCAUAAUUGAUUUUGGCCCCCAAAUAGUUCGAAAUCAUAGACAAGACCACUGAGCAGAUGGAUUUUUCAUGUAAUAAAAUAACAUCCUUGUAUGCGAAAUAUAAGCUCGAAGUAAACAUAAUAAAAUGCUAUGGGUGAUUGGAGGAAACUAGCCUGCAGGUCGCAUGUUCUUCAAUCAACUCAAACCUGACUGUUAGGCCUAAUCUUUGGACAUAGUGUUAUCCUGUGAAAGCAGUAUACUGUUCACCAGUCCAGUCGGGAAGAACUGGGAAGAGUCAAACCAAAAUGUAGCGUUAGUCCAUGAACUUAUUGACUGUUGAUUCUUCAAAAUCAUUCAUCUUUAUCCAUAGUCAUUCUCAAUAUCAGUGAUACUACUAUAGUAUUCAUCUUGGCAAUUCCAUUUAGUCCUGUUGAUAUGGUGUAGUAAUUUGGGCCAGGUUCUGUGCUGUUUAUGGCUAACUGGCCAGUUGACAUGUUUCAUUCAAGCACUGCACCUACUAUAGCUCUUUCGCAUGAAAUGAAGCUUAGUUGACCCUUUGUUGUUCUCUUAAUUUUCGUAAUUCCAGGUUGUAUCAUUUCAUCUAUUUUAGAAUCGUCAACAGUCGAAGUGACGGAUUUUUUAUUGAUACGCUAACUUUCGGCACAAACACAUAGAUGUAGCUUUUUUGCCCCGAACACUUUCAAGUUUAUUAUCUGACAAGUUUCAUAACGAGAAAAAUAUGGUUAUAACGGUACCGUCUUUAGAUGAUGGGAGUGGGAGCAAUAGUAUAGUAAGUUUGAUUUUGUUAUAUGCUUUUUACACUGAUGUUAUCGAGUACACCUCAUUUAUAACCUUCCACUUCUAUCUAAUUAAACCCUUAAUUCACUGGACUCAACUUUUUGCAGCUUGUUAAGGUUAAAUGUUUAUAGCUUGGAUAUUGUCUCUCAUAACCAGGCAGAUGGGGAGAAAUAAAUUUUUUGCUUUGUUUAAUCUUCAUCUUGUUCAAAUAUAAGUCACUCAUAGUUAACUCUCUCCUACCGUUCAUCUUUUGGAAACUCUUUCUUCCAUCAAAGUUUUUAUUUGGUAAGGAUCAUUUGCAUUUAAUAUUCUUUUUAUAAUCCCUCAUGUCUUAGAGGUUUAGUAUUCAAAGUCAGCACUAUAUAAGAUUAAAUAUGAAAAUUUUAGUUACAUUAAGUGUAUCAAGUUAUGUUCUAUUGUCAACAUAUCUACGAUGGAUUGUAAAUUAAUUAGUGCGGUCUCGGGUUCAUGAAACAUUUGUCUGAUGGGCUUAGGUUAAAGCAAAAAACAAAAAUUCCACCUCUAUCCUUCCGAUGACUCAAGAACAGAAAGAUUGGUUGUUAGCUAUCGUUGACUGUGAUCAACCGAAAAUGACAAGAAUGCUUAAUCAACACCCUGAAUUAGCUGUAUGGAAGACUAGUAUCAAUGGAUAUACUGCACUACAUUAUGCAGCUAAAUAUGGAGAUUGUGCUGCUAUCCGAUUGUUACUUGGAAAUUACCAUGUUCAAGUUGAUGCUCAGACAUGUGAGGGUAUGACUCCUUUACAUUUGGCCGCUGCCAACGGGAAUGAAGAUGUUAUAUUCUUAUUAACUUCCGUGUACAAAGCUAGAACUGAUAUACGAGAUUUUUGUGGACGGUUACCAAGCGCUUAUCUGCCCAAAGAAAAGGAGGCAUUAGCAAAAUACCUUCCGAAUCCUUUGCGCGUCCUAUUGCAAAAUUGUAAUAAUUAUUUAUAUUUGUUGGUGAGCCAACCAGAAACAAACCGAUUGCCAUCUGAUCCUGUUUCAAACGAAGAUAAUAGUAAUAAUGAGUGUAGUAGUGAUUGUGGGUUAGUGAAUAAUCUUAAUGCUCUACCUCCUACACCAAUUAAUUCUCAUUUUCCAUGGAGUCAAAGUAAUCAAAACUGUACAGAAGAAUCGCGUCGACAAUCAUCUCUUUCGCAAGGCCUAGGUUCAGUUCGUAGCGGGAAACGUGAUUCUUCAAGAGAUAGGCAUAGAAUGUACAAAACCCUACCAUCUGGAGUGGUCAAUAAAAUAAUGUGCUUUCCAUUAGUAGACUUGAAAUUCGUAAAUACGGGUUCCAGAAUUCCUACAGUCAAGCUAAAAUUUGAUGAUCCAAAAAGAAUUUUCGAUUCAAAUUUUCGGUAUGAUGAUGUAAAACUCAUCCAAAAUGUAUACACACAUAUUCGUCAGAGGCGUAAAAGAGCUUCAUUUUAUUAUAAUCCAUGUAAUCCUGAGAGUACUAAAUCAUCGGAACCAAAUGUAAGAGAUAAUACUAGUCGCUUGGGACCAUCAAAUUUACGUUCAACUAUUGGUCGUCAAUUAAAGCGCCACAUAUGUAAUGCUCGCAGUGCGAUGUCGGCGACGCAAAACAAUGAAAUAACUGAACUUGUAAACAAUAAUAAUGGCAGUGAUGAUGACGAUGAAUUUACUGAUCCACCAACUCCAACAAAUGAACUGAAUGAUAAAGAGAAACAAUAGUACAAAUAGAUAUUCUGUGCCUUUUUUUACUUUGAAUCCAAAUUGCUUUCAUUUUUUUCCUCCUGUUAAAAACUUUUGUAUCGGACUAAUAAUAUAUUCAUCUAUAAGCUUUUUUCUUUUAAAAUAACUUUUCUUUUCGAAAACAAGAUUAUUUAUAUUAUGUGCCAAAAUUUUAAUCUGAGAUUUAAUAAAUGCUUAGUAAUGAAAAUUUUCUUUUGAUUAAAAAUAAAGGAAAUAUAAAUGUAUAUGUAUAUUCUAUUGAUUUGCUUCCUCUUUUUUAUUGCAUCAAUAUUCUUGUGUGAAACAUCAUAACUAGAAUUGUUGCCAGGAUUUGUUUGGUCACAAGUACUAUCUUUAUUUGAACGCUUAAGAAAUUGCAUCAUUAUAUUUGAGCUACCAUAAGAUUUAGUCAUUUUCCUGUAAAAUAAGAAGUGG